GGACACGAGGAUGUGGUCAAGCAAUUGAUUGACACUGGGAAGGUUUCCGUGGACGCAAAUGAUUCGAACGGACACACUCCGCUGUGGAGGGCGGCAAAUCAGAAGCACGCAGCUUUAGUCCAAUUACUGCUAGAGACAGGCCAAGCUACCGUUGGUUUAGAUGGCAAACUUGGUCAAGAGAUACUUUUUUGGGCAGCACAGAACGGACUCGACUCUAUAGUCCAGCUAUUAGUCAACACUCACAAGGUUGAUGUUGACUUGAGAGAUGAGGAUCAAAGGAGACCGCUAGCAUGGGCUGCACGUGGUGGGCACCAUGCUGUCGUCAAGGUGUUGCUCCAAACGGGCAAAGUCAAUCUUAAUGCACAAGACAUGUACCAUCAAACGCCUUUGUGGUUAGCAAUGGAUAAUGACCACAGCAAGGUAGCCGAGCUAUUG